ACUGGAUAAGUUAUCUUUCCCCAAUCUAUCUAUGAAUAAUAUUUUUACCUAACUAGCCAAACUAAUUUGUUUUAUUUUGCGCGGGUGUUCUCUCUUGCCCUCACUGGCUUGCCGUAGUAGUCUUGUUUCCAUGGUGACUGCAUGACAACAGCAGCACACUUUUCUUGUUCAUUUUUAAAUCCUGUUAACUGUUACUGUAAAAUGUCCGCCCCAGCUGAGGCUGCACAGCAGGAGGACUUUGAUAAGUUCUUCACCGUGUUUGACGGCUCUUCUCCGGAGGAUGUGUCCCACGCCAGGCAGCUGUGGAGCUCCCUGUCCCUCCUGCCGCCGCUGGAAUCCCGGCUGGUGUCGGCGGACAUCCGUCAGAGACUGCCGGUGUCCCGGCCGCAGCGCAGCAGCACCGCCGGCCCCAAAAUCAUCGCACCUGUGCCGCCGAGCGUCCCCGCUCUCCGGCAGAGACAAGAGGAGAGACAGCGGUAUGUGGCCAUGGCCGACCAGAGGAGGGAGAUCCUGGCCCUGCUGGGGAGGCAGAGGGAGCAGAGGAUCCAGAAGGAGCUGAUCUCCGUGGACUUUAAACCGAAGAUGAAGAUCAGCAGAGAGAAAGUGGUGAAGCUACAACAGUCAGACUCUGAGAUGGACCAGGAGCUGGUCAGGCAGCUGCAGUAGGACAAAUAAAUAUGUUGAAAAUUAAAAAUCACUUCUGACUCCAAACAGCAGAAACUCUCUCAAAAUUCCUGAAAAAUAACAAGGUGUACAGAAAACUACACCUUCAACCAAAGAUUUCAUUUUCAAUCUGUCCAUUACUUUCUCAAUAAAUUGAUUAGUUGUCAGAAAAUGUUGAACAAUGUCA